CAUCUCAUGCAAGAAAAUGGCAGAGGUGAUUUCAAUUAAUCACUGCGAGUUCUUCUGUCCAGUGUGUCGUGAUCUCCUAAAAAAUCCAGUGACUAUCCGAUGUGGUCAUAGUUUCUGUGAAGUGUGUAUUAAUCAAUGCUGGGAUCAAGAGGAUAAAAAUAGAGUGUACAGCUGUCCUCUGUGCCGAGAUUCUUCAACCCCAAGGCCUGUUCUACAUAAAAACAUCAUAAUGGCUGAAGUGGUAAAGAAACUGGAGGAGAUUGAUGUCUCUUUUGCUCACUGUGUCGCUGGACCGGGAGAUGUGGAGUGUGGUUUCUGCACAGGGAUGAAACUCAAAGCCGUCAAGUCCUGUCUGAUGUGUCUGGCCUCCUUUUGUGAAACUCAUCUGAAACCUCACUAUGAAGUUUCUGGGUUGAAAAAGCACAUGUUAAUUGAAGCCACUGCAAAUCUAGAAGAGAUGAUCUGCUCUGAGCAUGGUAAAGUGCUGGAGCUCUACUGUCAUACUGACCAAUGCUUCAUCUGUUGCAUGUGUAUGAUGGAGGAGCACAAAAGCCACAACACUGUCUCAGUUGAAGCAUACAAAACUGAAAAACUGGUUGAGUUCGGAGAGAAGCAGAUAAAAUCCCAACAGAGAAUCGCGGAGAUGCAGAAGAAGGUGCAGGAGCUGAAUCAGGCUAUGAAAACUGUUAAGCUGAGUGCACAUUCAGCAGUGGAUAAUAGUGAUAAGAUCUGUACUGAGCUGAUCAGCUCCAUCGACAAAAAGCGCUUGGAGGUGAUGGAGCUGAUCAGAGCUCAGGAGAAGGCUAAACUGAGGCGAGGUGAACAACUCAUAAAGGAACUGGAGGGGGAGACUGCUGAUCUCCAGGGGAAACUCACUGAGCUGCGGCAGCUUUCACACUCGCGCGAUCACAUCCAUUUCCUCCAGAGACUAGAGUCUCUCUGUGUCUCUUCUGGACAUGAGGACUCACCCAGUAUCAAUGUCAAUCAACAAUUUUCAUUUGUUGGUGUGAGGAAAUCUCUCUCUGAUCUGAAAAGGAGAUUCGAGAAAAUCUGCAAGGAGGAAUUCAUGAAAAUCUCUGAAAAUGCUGCAGCAGUUCAAAUGUUGUUACCCACAGAGCCAAAGAGCAGAGAAGAUUUUCUGCACUAUUUCUGUGAUCUGACGCUGGAUCCCAACACAGUAAAUAAUAAAAUCAUUCUGUUUGAGAAGAAUAAAGUGGUGAUGCACAGUGGAAGAAAGCAGCAGUACUCUCAUCAUCCAGAGAGAUUUGACUACUGUAAACAAGUGUUGAGUAAGGAGAGUGUGUGUGGACGCUGUUACUGGGAGGUGGAAUGGUGCAGUAAAGAGUGGGUGGAAAUAUCAGUCUCAUAUAUGGACAUCAGCAGGAAAGGAUGGGGUAAUAUGUGUGAGUUUGGAUGCAAUGAUCAGUCCUGGAAACUGCAGUGUUCUUCUACUUCUCUCUCCUUUUAUCACAAGAAUAAAAGGAAUAAUCUCAGAAUUUCAUCAGCCUAUAGAAUAGGAGUGUAUGUGGAUCACAGCGCAGGAACUUUGUCCUUCUACAGCGUCUCUGACACGAUGAAGCUCCUUCACAGAGUCCACUCCACGUUUACUCAGCCUUUGUAUGCUGGGUUUGGUUUACCUUAUAGAGGAUCAAUUGUGAGAUUAUGUGUUGAAUAAAUAAGCAGGUGAGUAAAGAGAGAAAGAAAGAAAGAAAUAUGACGUUUUUGUUGAUACUGUUAUCUUUUUUCCUUUCUAAAGCAACUAAUUAUUUUGUUUCUGAACAAAAAGUUUAUAC